CACCAAGCUCGGCUCAAGCCCGACUACUACGGCCCCCAAUUCACUCAAGAUGCUCAAGUCGUCUCUGCUCGCGAUCAUCAUGACGGCAGCUGCCACCACGUCAACAAGUGCCGUCACCUGCGCGGAUGGCGAUAAUCAGAUGAGUGUGGAGGGCGUUGAAGGUAUUUUCUGCGUGGCUGGAGACCCUUGCCUCGCCACCUUCAGCAUUGGCGCUUGUCCUCCAUCCCAAGAGGGUCUACCCUUUGGAUCCUACUGCGGCGUCGUCGCGUCCGGCGUCUACGGCUGCAAGACCUACACCAGCGCCGCGACGGAUAUCCCCACACCCGAGGUCACUACCGAAGCUCCAACGACGGAGCCCGAAACUGAGGCACCCACAACAGAGCCAAUGAAAACUGCUCCCGUUCCAAUCGCCCCGUACAGUAACUGCACGCUGGAGAGCACUGAAGCAAGCGUACAGGGUCUGGAAGGCGCCUUCUGCGUCAACGAGCCGAUCUGCGUGAAGCAGGUUUCCACGGGUAACUGCCCCGCUCCUCAGGACAGACUGCUGUUCGGCUCCUUUUGCGACCUGCUCCCGACGGGUGUCUAUGGCUCGACGCCGUAUACAGCGGACAACGUGCCGACUACCGCGACGUAUGAGGCUCCUUUGGAUUGCUCCAACAACCCUGCAGGAGACACGCCUGUGAGUAUCGUGAGUGCCAACCAAGACUUCUGCGCUUCGUCGCCGAUUUGCUCUGGUACUAUCUUCGGCAAUUGCCCCAAGAUUCAGGACGGACUAGUGCAAGACUCCGAGUGUAUGAUUAUCGAAACGGGCGUAUUUGGUAUGCUAUCCACGUCUCAACAAGCACGACCUCUUCAUCUUCUUCAAAAGUUCGUGCAAGGGCAAUUGCCUCUCAACGGACAGUCACACGAAGGACAGGUUCCUCCUCCAACUGCGUUUUUAUCAGCUUUGCCACCACACUUAGUGCACUGGCACUUACCAGCGGGACACUCACAUCCCAAGCACCCUCCAGUCGCAGCACGUUGGGCAGCAGCAAUACACCCACCACCACACACAACUAUCGCCGACGUGGCGGACUUGAUUGGAGGCUCGAUCUCGUUCGCGGCUCCAGCCUUGCUAGCGCAAACUUGA